UCCACCACCAAGAACGACUUCAAGGCCGUGCAGGGCCGCUGCACCAUGGAGUACCAGGAGGACCUACCUGAGUGCCUGCAGGACUUCGGCAGCCCCGACUGCUUCUACUUCCUCGAGGCCUACAAUGCCAAGAGCAAGAGCUUCGAGGACCCCCCCCACGCCAAUCAUGCCCGCAGCCCUGGGAACAAGGGCAAGGGCAAAGGGAAAGGGAAAAGCAAGACCAGGUCCCCGACGAGCGAGCCGAGCGAGCCGGAGCUGGACAUCAAGCUGCCCAAGCUGCAGACGCUGGACGUCUUCUCGGGCUGCAGGGGGCUGUCGGAGGGCUUCCAUCAGGUGGGCAUCUCGGAGACGCUGUGGGCCAUCGAGAUGUGGGAGCCGGCAGCCCAGGCGUUCCGGCUCAACAACCCCGGCUGCACGGUGUUCACGGAGGACUGCAACGUGCUGCUCAAGUUGGUCAUGGCCUGCGAGAAGACCAACUCCAUAGGCCAGCGGCUGCCACAGAAGGGUGACGUGGAGACUUGCGGCGGGCCGCUGUGCCAGGGCUUCAGCGGCAUGAACCGCUUCAACUGGCGCACCUACUCCAAGUUCAAGAACUCCCUGGUGGUCUCCUUCCUCAGCUACUGCGACUACUACCGGCCGCGCUUCUUCCUGCUGGAGAAUGUGCGCAACUUCGUGUCCUUCAAGCGCUCCAUGGUCCUGAAGCUCACCCUGCACUGCCUGGUCCGCAUGGGCUACCAGUGCACCUUCGGCGUGCUGCAGGCCGGUCAGUAUGGCGUGGGGCAGACACGCAGGCGGGCCAUCAUCCUGGCCGCGGCGCUCAGCAAGAAGCUGCCCCUGUUCCCUGAGCUGCUGCAUGUGUUCGCGCCCCGGGCCUGCCAGCUGAGCGUCGUGGUGGACGACAAGAAGUUCAUCAGCAAUAUCACCAGGUUGAGCUCCGGGCCGUUCCGAACCAUCACCGUGCGGGACACCAUGUCUGACCUGCCGGAGAUCCGGAACGGUGCCUCGGCGCCCGAGAUCUCCUACAACGGGGAGCCGCAGUCCUGGUUCCAGAGGCAGCUGCGGGGUGCGCCGUACCAGCCCAUCCUCAGGGACCACAUCUGCAAGGACAUGAGCGCCCUGGUGGUCGCCCGCAUGCGCCACAUCCCGCUGGCCCCCGGCUCCGACUGGCGGGACCUGCCCAACAUCGAAGUGCGCCUGUCGGAUAGCACCCUGGCCAAGAAGCUGCACUACACCCACCACGACCGCAAGAACGGCCGCAGCAGUUCAGGCGCCCUCCACGGGGUCUGCUCCUGCGUGGAAGCGGGCAAGGCGUGCGACCCCAUGGCCAGGCAGUUCAACACCCUCAUCCCCUGGUGCCUGCCCCACACGGGCAACAGGCACAACCACUGGGCCGGCCUCUACGGGCGGCUCGAGUGGGACGGCUUCUUCAGCACCACCAUCACCAACCCCGAGCCCAUGGGCAAGCAGGGCCGCGUGCUGCACCCCAAGCAGCACCGCGUGGUGAGCGUGCGGGAGUGCGCCCACUCCCAGGGCUUCCCUGACACCUAUCGGCUCUUCGGCAACAUCCUGGAUAAGCGCCGGCAGGUGGGCAACACCAUGCCGCCUCCCCUGGCCAAGGCCAUCGGCUUGGAGGUCAAGCUGUGUGUGUUGGCCAGAGCGCGCGAGAGCGCCUCAGCCAAGGUGAAGCAGGAGGACCAGGUCGCCCUGGACUAG